GGAGGGAGGGAGGGAUGGAGAGGGGAGGGGGGAGCGGAGCCGAGCGGAGACAGCCGCGGCGCUGCAGAGCGGCUGGGGCGGCGGCGCGGCUCCCGGUGCUCCCCCCGGCGCGCGCCCAGACUCGGUGAGGGCCGGGCCCCGGCGGCCCCCGGAGCCAUGGGCUGCAUCGGCUCGCGGACUGUGGGGAACGAGGUGAUUGCAGUGGACUGGAAAGGCCUCAAGGAUGUGGACCAGCUCAAUAUGGACAGCACCAGCUCCCUGCAUGGCAGCAGCCUCCAUCGGCCCUCUACCGAGCAAACACGAACAGAUUUCUCCUGGGACGGCAUCAAUCUGUCCAUGGAGGACACCACUUCCAUCCUUCCGAAGCUUAAGCGAAACUCUAAUGCCUAUGGCAUCGGGGCCCUGGCCAAGUCAUCAUUCUCAGGGAUCUCAAGAAGCAUGAAGGACCAUGUGACGAAGCCCACAGCCAUGGGGCAAGGGCGGGUGGCCCACAUGAUUGAGUGGCAGGGCUGGGGGAAGGCCCCAGCAAUUCAGCCACAGCACAGCCACGAGGCUGUGCGCAGGGAUACGGAUGCUUACUCUGACCUCAGCGACGGCGAGAAGGAAGCUCGUUUUCUAGCAGGUGUCAUGGAACAGUUUGCUAUUUCUGAGGCUACCCUUAUGGCCUGGUCUUCCAUGGAUGGCGAGGACAUGAGUGUCAAUUCUACCCAGGAGCCACUAGACUGCAACUACAGUGACAACUACCAGGAGCUGAUGGAGAGUCAGGACGCGCUAGCUCAAGCCCCCAUGGAUGGAUGGCCUCACUCCUAUGUGUCCCAGGGCAUGUACUGCCUGGGGACGUCAGAUGCCUGGGAAGCGAGUGAUCAGUCCCUCAUCGCAUCUCCAGCUACGGGAUCCUAUCUUGGCCCUGCAUUCGAUGACUCACAGCCCAGCCUGCAUGACAUGGGGCCUUCCCACCCUGCUUCAGGAUACUCUGCUCACGAGCCUCCGCCUUUGUUGGGGGUGGACACUGACUGGGCACCAGAGGUUGGUGGGGUGGACCUGGCCAGGGGCUCUGUAGAGGAAGAGAAGAGACCACUGGCCCCUGAGGAGGAGGAAGAUGCAGGAUGCCGGGACCUGGAGUCGCUUUCCCCACGAGAAGACCCAGAGAUGUCCACUGCUCUCAGCCGGAAGGUGUCUGAUGUCACGUCCUCGGGAGUGCAGUCCUUUGAUGAGGAGGAGGGGGAUGCCAACAACUAGCUUCUUCCCACCCACUGACCUGAGGGGGCAUGGCUGCAACCCAUACCCUCCCAAGCUCCAGCGGCACAGUUGAAACCCCGGGCAGGAGACAGC